AUGGGCGAAAGGACUGCAUCAUCCCUUAUGAUUGUUACUCGGAAAUCUUUGUUUUGUUUAUUCACAUUUACAUCACUACUCUUUGUACUAUCUUGGGUCUUUGUGUUGCGUUCAACCAGUCGCCCCCAAUUCAUAGACAAUACAUUGUUGCCUAAUUCCAAACUUCUUGCUGUGAUUGACCAUGCCAUUUCUGCAACCGAGACACAAAAUGAUGUUGAAUCCUCAGUUGGGAAUCGAUCAAUCCUUGUAGAUAAGGAAGAAGAAGAUAAAUCAACAUCUUCCUCCCGGCCUAACGAUGGUGUGAAAUGUGACACUAAUGAAAAACAAGUUCUCAAGGUUUUCAUGUAUGAUUUACCGACUGAGUUUCAUUUUGGACUCUUAGAUUGGAAACCCAAAGGAGGUACUGUUUGGCCAGAUCUUCAAUCUGAAGUGCCGCAUUAUCCUGGUGGUUUGAAUUUGCAACAUAGUAUAGAAUAUUGGUUAACAUUGGACCUCCUUGCUUCAGAACUUCCCAGUCAACCAAAUGCACGUUUUGCAAUCAGAGUGCUCAAUGUCAGUGAAGCUGAUAUUAUAUUUGUACCAUUCUUUUCUUCCUUGAGCUAUAACCGAUUCUCCAAGAUAGAUCCACACCAAAAGAAGAGCAAUAACAAGGUCCUUCAAGAUAAAUUGGUUCAGUAUUUGACAGCUCAAAAGGAAUGGAAGGACUCAGGGGGAAGAGACCACUUAAUUGUGGCUCACCAUCCGAAUAGCCUUCUAGAUGCAAGGAUGAAGCUCUGGCCUGCAACUUUCAUACUUUCAGACUUUGGUAGGUAUCCUCCAAACAUAGCCAAUGUGGAGAAAGACGUCAUCGCACCAUAUAAGCAUGUGAUUAAAACCUUUGAAAGUGAUUCAUCAACUUUUGAGAGCCGCCCUACUUUGCUCUACUUCCAAGGAGCAAUAUACCGCAAAGAUGGUGGUUUUGCUCGACAAGAGUUGUUCUAUCUUCUUAAAGAUGAAAAGGAUGUACAUUUUGCAUUUGGGACUGUUCAAAAAAAUGGAAUAAGAAAUGCUACGCAAGGAAUGCAUUCCUCCAAAUUUUGUCUUAACAUAGCCGGCGACACCCCAUCAUCAAAUCGCCUUUUUGAUGCUAUUGCUAGCCACUGUGUGCCUGUUAUCAUCAGUGAUGACAUUGAACUCCCAUAUGAAGAUGUGCUCGACUACUCUGAGUUCUGCAUAUUUGUUCGUACUAGUGAUGCUGUGAAAAAAGGCCAUCUUGUUAACCUUAUAAGAAGUAUUGGUAGGCAUGAGUGGACACAGAUGUGGAAGAGGUUACAAGAGGUUCAACAUUUCUAUGAGUUUCAUUAUCCAUCAAGAGAGGGUGACGCAAUUCACAUGAUAUGGAAAGCAGUCGCUCGAAAGGUUCCUGGAAUAAGAUUGAAGUUACACAAGUCUAAACGGUUGUCUCAUUCACCAACCCAGAAUAAGAAGGGGUUAACAAGGAUACCAUCACCAAAAAACUUUUGGUAG